UAUUUAAAAGAAGAAAAAAAACCUCACUAAAAAGCUCAGAAUUUUAGCGACGAUCAAAAGCUACAAAUCGAUCACUACCGAAAUCCAAUUUAACUACACAAAUCUCUGUUGCUAAAACCAUCGUUCCUGUAAGAUUUUCCCUAUUUUUUGUUCUUUUUUUUCGGAAACCAAAGCGAAUGGACCCUCUUUCCGCCCUCCGCGACUUCACAAUCCGGGGCGAACUCGACAAAAUCAUCCGAGUCAACGACGAGUUCAGAUUCGGCACCGAGUAUUCCUUCCCCUGCUCCGCCGAGACUGCCUACCGUUCCAAGCAAGGCAAUCUCUACAACCUCGAGACCCUAGUUUUCUACAUCCAAAACCACCAUCUCAAGCACACCGAUUACAUGCACAACUCUCUUGCCCUCCGUAUCCACGCCGUCACCUUCACGGACCGGAAACCUCUCCUCGAUUACCUCACCGGAAAAGUGUCCACCUCCGAUUCCAUCGUUUGGAACCCACCCAAGUUCCCAGACGAGUUUCGACCCGACCCAUCUGGGUUCGAUCCGGAUAGCGUCAAACCCAAAGGUAAUAACACCAACGAUGUAGUUUUGGAUGAAAUAGGAGAUACCCAUUAUAGUGUUAAGGAUAAAGAGGUUGAAAUUGCUGAUUAUAUGGGAAUAAUUCGAUCGAUUGAGAAACCUUUGAAGGAUAGAGAAGGGAUUUUGGAAUGUAAGAAUAAGGAUUUUUAUAGUGUUCUUGUUGCUGCUACCAAAAGGGAAGAAGAAAGGCAGAGACUUGAGUCUCAGCAAAGGAAAGAUGGGUUAGUUGCUAAGAGUAGGUUAAUGGGUGCUGAAGAGGGGGGAUUGGGGUUAAGUUAUGGGGAUGAUAUGAUGGGAUAUGAUUCGAAACCGAAAAUGCAUUUGAAAGGGAGCAAACUCGGGGAAGGAGUGCCGAUUAUUUUAGUGCCGAGUGCUUUUCAGACUUUGAUUACCAUUUAUAAUGUGAAGGAGUUUUUGGAAGAUGGGGUUUUUAUGCCUACCGAUGUGAAGGUGAAGCAGAUGAAAGGGGCGAGACCGGAGUGUGUUACGGUGCAGAAGAAGUUUAGUAGGGACAGAGAUAGGGUCGUAACAGCCUAUGAAGUUAGAGAUAAGCCUUCUGCUUUGAAGCCAGAAGAUUGGGAUCGCGUUGUGGCAGUAUUCGUGUUGGGGAAAGAGUGGCAGUUCAAGGAUUGGCCUUUCAAGGAUCAUGUGGAGAUUUUUAAUAAGAUUAUUGGGUUUUUUAUGCGGUUUGAAGACGACAGUGUAGAAUCUUGCAAGAUCGUGAAGCAAUGGAACGUGAAGAUUAUAUCGAUUAGCAAGAAUAAGAGACACCAAGAUAGGGCUGCAGCCCUGGAGGUCUGGGACAGACUAGAAGAAUUUGUGCGGGGACGAUCGCAUUCGUAAACCGGGCAGCUUCUUAGGUAACAUUAACAUGUACGAGUCCGAUGUCCAUGUGCUACGAUCUCCAUCCCUGAUGUAUUUUCAAUUUUUUUUCAAGAACUCAAGCAUUUUAUGACAAUAGAGGAUAUGUUUAUAUAUUA